UCUACAUCAAUCUUUAGAUUUAGCACAUAACUUCAUCAAUAUAUAUACAUCCAUUGUUAACAAGAACUGAGAACAAAACAUAAACACAGAUCUCUACAAAAGAAAACAGCUUAUCACAAACAUGUCAAAGGUCAUUCUAAUCCUCGCCGUACAAAUCCUCCUUGUCACAACCUUUGCCUCCGCCGUAGACCGUGGAGACUUCGCAAGAACAAUGAACCCGAAGCGCCUCCACAUGAAAGAGAAACUCACUCAUCUCCGAGUAUACUGGCACGACAUCAUAAGCGGUCGAAACCCUAGUGCCAUCGUGAUUAAAAAGCAUGUUGCGAAGCACUCCUUCGGAUCAAUCACAAUGAUAGACAACGCACUAACAUCUGAUGUGCCGAUUAACUCUACUUUGGUGGGCCAGGCCCAAGGUUUCUACGCAGGAGCGUCCCAACAUGAGACAAGUUUCUUGAUGGCGAUGAAUUUCGCUUUCAAGACAGGGAAGUAUAAUGGAAGUACGAUCACGAUUCUUGGUCGGAACUCAAUUUUUUCUGAGGUUAGGAAAAUGUCGGUGGUCGGAGGAAGUGGGAUCUUCCGAUUCGCUAGAGGUUACGUCGAGCUUAGGACUAAAUGGUUCGAUCAACAAUCAGGAGAUGCCACCGUUGAGUAUAACUGUUUUGUCUUGCAUUACUAAGAUAGUUGAUUAUAAUAGUAAUUAAGACUGUGUCCGCUAUGUACUUCUUAUUUUGAUUUAAAAUUAUAAUAAGAGUGCUAUUUUAUGUUUA